AUGGCCCAGAUGACUACCUACCUAGUAGUCUUCAAAGAGAGUCAGAGCAUCACUAUUCUGAUGUCCCUUAAUGAAGUAGUAACCACGCUGAACGCACUCUUGUGCCAGGAAGCAAGCUUAUACAUGUUUGCUAUGUUCAGUAGCACUUACUCCCAA